GCUCAAGUGCUGAUGGCACUUGUCCUUGGAGUUUGCAACGGCAUGGUAGCCUGGAAGAUUUCCCAGGGAAAGACAGCAUUAGAUACUUUUGUAAAGCCUUUGGCUGAUGCUGGCCGAGGUCCAGAAUUUUCCUUCAGCGUGCUGCUGAUCUCAACAGGAAACCUGGAGAUGUCCGGCUCAAUGCGAAGAGCACUGCGUGGCCUGGGGAUGGCAGCAGCCGGCGUGUCCAUGGCGGGUGCAGCUCAGGCGGCCCACCUCAGGUGGAGGUACCGCUGUCCAGGAGAACCACCUGGAGAGCGUCAUGGCCAUGCGGGUCGCCAUUAUGAUGGAAAGCCCUUGAAGCUGCUCUUCGUGGGUGAUUCCAUUGCCGUUGGUGUUGGUGCAAAGAUUGCAGCUCCUUUGCAAGCUGCAUGCGCAGAGCGGUUGGCUAAGAUCCAACGGCGACCUGUGGAAUGGUGCACAAUUGCAGCCAAUGGUGCAGAUGUACGUGAGCUCCAUGCUUUGGUCGAUGAAGACCACAGCUUUGAUAUUGCCGUGGUUUUGUGCGGAGUCAACGAUGGCAAGAAGUUUCUGCAAGGCCGAUGGCCUUCGCAUUUUCGCGAAGACCUGGCCGCCCUGUGUGGCACUUUGAGGAAAGCUGCUCCAGAGAGUGUGAUCACCGUUCCACAACUCCUCGGUCACGUGCAAGCCCCUUUGUUUCAGCAGUGGCCAAUGUGCCAUUUGGUGGAUGCACUUUUCGGCCAGUUCGAGGCACAAAAGACAUUACUUGAAGCCACUGGAGCUGUCAGGGCACUGUCUGCGGACUCCGCAAUGCCAGUGCUUCAAGCAGACGCUCGUUGGUGGUCUGUAGAUGGCGUUCAUCCAUCAGGGGAAGGCUAUCGCAAAUUGGGUGAGUGGUUGGCCCCACUGCUCGACAAAGUUCACAGUCCUCAGUUGGUGGAGUUUGCAAUCGUUAACCUGGAGUUGGAGAGGGCAGUCAAGACUGAGCGACUGCAACGGCGCAUUAAGGAAGCGCAAGCAUCCGGUAACCCGGGUGUCGGACAACUUCGUGAACUCUUCGUCUGCAAUUCGGUUCUAAUCCAGGAGGCCCUUUUGCUGGAAGAUGAAGUGAAGGCAUCCAUUUGGUUCAAUGCCUCUGGAGUUGCCUCUGUGCUCUGGUUGGGAAUGACCCUGUGGACAUGGGUGCUGGUGUUUGGCUGGACCUUUGUGCCAGGCAUUACAGCUUUUGACAAGGCUGCCCAGCACAAUGCGAAUUACUGUGGGGCGUGGGCAACUGUCCUAGCUGCACGCAUCACAGCCAUCCUGGCUGUUCUCUUUUUGGUCGUCAACAUCCUGACGGUAUGCAAUUGGCUAGCUACAGUCCUCAUUACCUCUGAUGCCUUCGCCCAGUCCAUGUUGAAGAAGGCUUGCGAAAUAGACCGACAAGCGCUUGGGUUCCCAGUAGCGCAGCUGCUGGUCAAGGCGAUGCUGCUCCGAGGUCGCUGCCAGCGGGGAUUUGGCAAACUCAGCAUUGCUGGCGCCAUGGCCCUCUACAGGUUGAGCUGCCUGCUGAGCUUGCUGCCUUUUGCUGUUGGGUAUGUCAAACUGGGCAAGCACAUUGUGAAAUACACAGAAGAUAAGUUGAAGUACAUUCUGAACCGCGAAGAUCGUCCCUCCAUGCUUCUGGAGAUCUUCUCUCCAACGUGUCCAGCGUGCGAAGCCUUUGCGCCUCACAUGUCAAAUGCUGCCGAACGCAUCAAGCGAGAAGCUCCGGACAUCAAAGUCGUCGCUGUUGAUGGCACAGCAGCAGAGUCCAUCAUGAAGGAAUUGGGGACUCAGGAGUUUCCAUCAGUUUUCUACUUAGGCAGUGACAAGACAAAGGCUCGGAUGGAGUUCAAAGAAGCCAACUCCGCAGAUGCUAUCGUCAGCUGGACCCUCCGGGUGUCUGCCCCGACAAUCCAGAACAUCAGCACUGAUUCCGAGUUGCCAACAUUGGACCCAACUUCCCUUCCGCAUUUGGUGCUACGCUCACCCAGCAUGGUGCCGGCAUUCGCAUCCCUCGCGCAAGACCACAAGCUGACGUUUCGUGCUUUCUGGAUACAGGCGGAGGUCUCACCCGCAGUAUCGCAAAUCCUGCAUGCCGGCCAAGAUGCUCACAAUUUUACUUGGACCGACCCACGGGCAGACAGCCUUGACGACGAUGGAGAGCUGUUUGAAGCUUUCGUCAAAGACAACAUGCUCCCGGCGGUCAUCAUGAUAUCGGACGCCAAGAAGGUAAACCGGAUUCUGGAUCGGCUGGAGUCUGACGCGCAGCUGCUCUGGUUGGUCUUGAACUCCACCGACCAGGCUUCUCCGGGAAGCGAAAGAUCUUGCGGAUCGGACGAGCUGGCCUGUUCGGCUGCUGGUCCGUCGGUGGCCGCCGAUGCUUCUGCAGAUGCCUUGCAGCGGGCAUUUGCACCGCACAAGAGAAUGUUCCAACGAGCCAUCGCCACUGCACGAGAGAAGAAAAAGGUUUACGGUCUGUACAUUGACAUCGCCAAAUGGCCGGACUGGGUCGAGAAGGAGCUUUACGCCUGGACUGCGCCGGUUCUGGUAGCGCAGCGGUUCCGACACGGCCCUCGAUACUUCUUCGCAGACCACGGGCUUCCGGCCAAUGCAAGACAGCUGACUGAGUGGUACAGCGGCCUCCUCUCAAGGACCCCACGACAGAUGUCCGAGCGCCCGCAGGCGACACCCUCCGGAAAGCUCUGGAGAAAGUUUAUCAACCUCGGGUUGGAGGAUGCACUGCGUGCGCAGCCAGCCACCCUCUUGUACACCUUCAAGUCGCCAGAUAGCCUCUCACAGGAACAGGAGGUUAUCGACCUCGAGGACGAGAUGGAAGCAUUGGACACGUUAGCUGCCUGGCUGAGUGAGAACUGCGAGAGGCCACCGCUCCUGGGAGCUUUGGACGUACGGCGCAACGAAGUGCCCUUGAGCCUUUAUGCUGCUGCAAGUAUAGGUGGCCUCACAGCACCGAACUUGUAUCUCAUCGAGAGCGACGAGGGAAAGCCAUCCAUGGGAGUGAGAUGGGCGGGCGAAGUCAGCGAGUUCGUAGAUCGCACCGUCCGGGCACAAGAUGAUCAACUUGCUCAGCGGGAAAGUGCUCUGACAAAGGAUUUUCGUGGUGUCAUCCAGUGGAUUUUGGCAAAGGCUCGCCUUCUUCCAUCGUUGAAGAUGCCAAGCAAUCCAGAUUUAUCCAAGUUCGGCACCGUUUCCACCGCUAGAGUCAUAGACCUCGAGUCGGAAGCUUCUUUACAGGAGUUGUUGCACAAGAACGUGUCCGGUUUUGUGGAGUUUUUCUCUCCUUCCUGUGGAGCUUGCAAGAAGUUUGCGCCCGUCUAUGAGUCAGCUGCAAGAAAGGCACAAGCUAGCGAGGCAGAUCAUGCUUUCGCGCGGAUCGACUGUUCUACGACUUUGGGCGAGCAGUGCUGUAACAUGCACAACAUCGAGGCAUACCCAUCCGUUUUCUUUAUGCACGGCGGUAGGCUGGAGAAGUAUCCAGGAGGUUCAAAAAGGAAAGAUCUUCUGGAAUAUCUCGCGGUCAUGACAGAGCCUGUUGCAGUUGAUGUCGCCAGUGAGGAGGUGAUCCAGAACGGCUUAGAGUUUUUCUUUAGCUGUGCUAUCGCGGAGGUAUUGCACACGGGGGCUAUGGGAGAGGCUGCGGCAGCUCGUGGCCGAGGGACGGGCAUGGGACAGUCCCUUGCACCGAACCUGACUGCCUUCGGUGCCGCGAGGGACGCGGAGGGUUCCAAAUGCCGUUUAUCGGAGUCCACUGCCGCACUGCAGGCCUUGUUCGGUGGCCCGGGCUGCUUCCGGCUUGUGGCCGUCCGACAUCCUCCCCGACCAUGCGGCGGCCUUGGUGGCAAGGGUUGCCGAGCAAACCCACCCGAGGGCGGUGUCUUCAGCCGAGCUUUGGGUCCUACGGCGGCUCUGGCGCAAUGGGCAGCGACGUUGGCAGGAGCCAGGGUUUCCAGCCGUUCCGUCCUAUGCCGAGGCUCGUGGCAACGACCGGACCAGGGCUCAUCGGGCGCUGUGGCUGCUCUUGGGAGCAGUGGCAGCCGGGAUGGACGUGCUCCCGGCUCCAUGUCGGAGCUGCGGGGUUCCCUCAGUUUUGGUCUGCCGGCGCUGUUCCUCAGCGGUCUGUCGCGAUUGCCUGUCGUGUUGCAGCAGGUGCUUUUGAUCGCAACAGUUCCGUUGCUCUGGUCCAGAAUUUGGCUGCGACUUCGGCUGGGUGGCGAUCUCAGAGAGCAGCCUGCUUCAUUAGGGGAGGUACCCCCGGGCGGGGACGGGCGGUCGGUAACCGCAUCCCCGCCCUCUGUCAGCUAUGUUUGGCGGAUAUUUCUUCCGUGGGCUUAUAUGAAGGGCGGCCGGCGGUCGGUAACCGUUGUGUCGUUCCUCUUCCCUUCCUUGGAACCAUGGCCAACUUUUGCCAUUCCCGAGGUGUCGGCUGGGAGCGGACGCGUAGCAUCUGGGCUGAUGGGUGGCGCAUCGGCUCGUGCAGUUCGCCUCGGGCCUCUCGGGCUUUGGAACAUCAUGGCGGGAGCCUACGCGGUGCAGGCUAUGGAGGGUGAUGGGGCGUGGUCUGCCGCUACGUCCCUUCAGGUUAUCGCUGCGAGCCGGGUGCGCGAAUGGCGCCAGAAGCACAGGGUGCAGCGUGAUGCCGACUUCGCUUUCUACUUUACCAGCUACGAGCAGGCGGUCAGGCACCACGUUGCGGACGCCUGGACGGUGGCUCGUGCUGAGCAGGAGGGCUGCUUGAUGUCGGCAGCUUCGGCGGCAGUGGAGGGCCAGCGCCGUCAGAUCGGCCGCCGCUGCCCAGGCCCUCUUCGACUUCGCGAGGGCGGCAAGGCCGCUUGGCGCCUCCCCAGCCCGAUGGUGGUGAGCUGCGAGAGCGCCGGGCGAAGCUGGCAGGUGGGCGCUUUUCGCCCGGCGGGCCCCCUCGCCGAUGCUCUCCGCCGGGAGUGGGAGAGGACUGUCGAGAGGACGGCGUCACGUUUCGUGGACCGAGCGGACAGGGCCACAAGCCCAUGCAUGUCAUUGCUUGCGGCCCUGGUCUAG